GCAUCUAUCCUGAAGGUUAUUUCUGUUACCAUUGGGAUAUCCAUAUAUAUUGGGAUUUAACGGUUUCACAAAUUCACGUGACUAUCAUAUCGCACGAAACACGUUGGUGACACAUGUUACCAUUACUGCUCUGGUUCUAUAUGCUCUAGUUGCGUACGAUCGAGGAACAUGUGUAGAGCAAAGAGCACAAAUUGUGGUACGUGGUGGGUUUUAUCUGACAGGUCAAAGGUUCCUGAUUACGAGGGUUGACUGUCGAGAUGACUCGCUAUGCCGGAAUGCUUGGUCUCCACUUCAUCCAGCCGCUUUUCUGUGUGUCAGUCUUCUGUCUGCUUUACGUGUCAACAUUUGGACUGAUCCUUCCGAGUUUUCUUCUCACUGGAAUAAUUUCUAUAUGCUACUGGGUAAUUCGAAAUGCAGGCACAAGGAAGAGGAUUGAUACACAAGGGAAAUAUAUACUCAUUACUGGUUGUGACACAGGUUUUGGAAAUAGUCUUGCACGACUCCUUGAUAGCAAGGGUCUUAAGGUCUUUGCCACCUGCCUUUCUGAACAAAGUGAAGGUGCCAAACUAUUAAGGGAAAAUGGAAGCAAGCAAAUGCGUGUAUUACAGCUGGACGUUAGUUCCGAUGCGAGUGUUGAUGCCUGCCUUGACAAGAUCAAGCCCAUAUGUCUUGACGGUCUAUGGACCUUGGUAAAUAAUGCUGGGAUAAUGGGCAAAGGCGAUGUGGAGAUACAGAGCAUGGACACGUACAAGAGAAUUGCAGAAGUCAACUUAUUUGGGGUGGUUCGAAUGUGUAAGGCUUUUCUGCCCCUUGUCAGACAAUGUAAAGGUCGAGUUAUUAACGUUACAAGCGUCAGAGGAUUACAAGCGUUCUGUGCGGAUUCGGGUUAUGUUAUGAGUAAGUUUGCUCUCGAGGGUUUUACGGACUGUCUGAGACUAGAGAUGAGGAGGUUUGGAGUCAAGGUCAUUCACGUGGAACCCGGAAUGUUUGGGCUCAACACUGGUAUAUUCAAUGAUGAAAACGUUGAGCGAUAUAAAGACUUGAACAAGAAGCUGAUCGACAACGUCGGCGAUGAAAUUAGGGCAGCGUAUGGACAAGAGUACCUAGACACAUAUAUGCGACUGCCCAAGAUGCGCCCAGGAUCUUCUGACAAGGAUCUUAAAGCAGUUUUGGAUGCCUUUGAAGAUGCCAUACUGAGUCAUCGGCCAGACAGUCGUUACCUUGUUGAUGGGAAGAGGUUUGACGGCGACUGUAUGAUGGCUCGCCUGAGAAAUAUUCUGCCUGUUUUUAUUAUGGACCCACUGUAUUUCUACCUACGUCCAUUGCCAAAAGAAGCUUUCUAUUCAUGUACCACUUCAGGGCAACGAAGAAACUAAAGUUUAUGAUAUGCAUUUGUCAAAAGAGAUCGACAUUGAUAAUGCUGAAGAGUGUUAAUAAAGCUUUUUGUAUCUCCUCCACAUCAA